AUGGCUCUACAAUACUUGUCAGACAGGAAUGGAUGGCUUUCUUUCAAGCACAGCACACCGGUGCUAUACAUCACGUCUGAAGAGGAGGAGUUCGAUAUUGAAACUAUGCGCGCAUGGAGAGACGAGGGCUUCAUUGUGAAGUACGUCCCUAUGGGCAAAGGGGGAAAGCAAUAUGUGCAGACUCUGUACAAAUUGGGUGAUAAUAUGGGCAUUGGAGAGCGAUACGCGAUCGUAGCAUUCGGAGAUGCUGCAGCAGUGUGUCUAGAUGUCUUCUCGGAGCCUAAGACCGCAACGUCCAAGCUCUGUUCCCUGAUCGCAUACUACCCAACCUCGAUUCCCGACACGCGACACCGCUUUACAUCCUCUUUCAGAGUCCUGGUACAUCUGGCGCAAGGGGUUCCAGGCAGCGAAGAGACUGUUGGCGUCACGCGACGCCCGGAAGUCUUAGGCAUCCAGGGAAAGCGGAAAACAGUCCAGAAGCGCGUAACUCCAGGCAUUGGAGCGGGCAGUCAGCAGACGGGCGUCACAUAUCCAAUCUUCACGUACGAAGGCGUAGAUCCCGGCUUUGCCGAACACGACCUGGACGAGUACGAUGCGGUCGCAGACGCAAUUGCAUGGAGCCGAAGCCUAGACAUGGUCAGGAAAGGAUUCGGUGCCGAAGUCAAUCUAGAGAAAGUCUGGGACGAGAAUGAAGAGCAAAAAUACCGCGGCAAGAGCGUCGACAAACUCCUCGAGACCUUCACAAAAGAACCCACACCCUUCACAAACUUCACACCCACAAUGACAGGUGGUCAUGGCCACCAGGAGCUUCGCCGAUUUUAUCGUGAUUUCUUCCUUAAGGAAGCGCCGCCCUCGCUGCACAUGCGCCUGAUAUCGCGAACCAUUGGUGUGGACAAAAUCGUCGACGAAUUAUACAUUCAGUUUAAACACACAUGUCUGAUGAACUGGAUAUUACCCGGCGUUGAGCCAACAAACCAGAAAGUCGAGAUCGUGGUCAUCAGCAUUGUGGCAUUCAGAGCUGGCAAAGUGUGGUCGGAGAGAAUGUAUUGGGAUCAGGCAAGUGUAUUGUUUCAGGUGGGAUUGCUGGACCCGGAUGAGGUGCCAGAGGACGCUAAGAAGAAGGGGCUGGAGAUGCUACCGAUUAGUGGCAGCGAGGCAGCGCGGAAAGUCAUGGACGUCGAAUCAGAAGACGCGAAUGACAUGAUAGAGGAUUGGUGA